AUGCCUCUUGUCGCAGAUAGUUGCUCCAGAGAUGAUGAUACCGUUAUGGUUGACUCAAGGACUAAUGGCCCUUCCGAUGACUCACUACCCAAGAUAUCCCCGGAGACCAAUACAUCAAAUACUGAAUACAACGAGGAACAACACAAAUUAGACAAAUCUAAAAAGCCAAACAGAUCUAUAGUGCCCAUUGUUAAUAUUAAUAGUACUAAUACUACAACAUCCUCUUCCUCAACAGCUGCUACACCAAUAGCAACAACAACAACGGCACCGUCAUCUUCAUCUUCAUCCAAAGGAAAUCAUACAAUAUUCAUUCAUAAAUUGUACAACAUGUUGGAAGACUCCAAAAUACUGCAUUUAAUUUGGUGGUCAGACACCCAAGAUUCCUUUUUCUUGAUUCCAGGUGAAGAGUUUUGCAAAGUGUUAUUAUUAUAUUUUAAACACUCCAACGUUGCGAGCUUUGUUCGUCAGUUGAACAUGUACGGGUUCCAUAAAGUCAAUGACAACACUAACAAUGAUAAACAAAAAUUAAAGAAUAACUCUGGAAACGACAAUAUAGUUCCUACAGCCAAAUGGGAGUUUGCUCACAGCUCAGAGAAUUUCAGAAAAGGGGAUUUGGAUGGUCUUAAAAAUAUUAAAAGAAGGUCCUCAAAAAAUCCAAACUCCUCAUCGUCUUUAAGAGAUAGAAAUCAUAUUAGUGAAGAUAAUCUAAAGUUACUUGGUGAUCGAAAAAAAAUCAACGAAUCUGACGAGUUUGUGUAUUCCAAUGACCGGAAAAGUAGUAUGAACAGUAUGAAUAGUACAGGUGAAAAUGCCAAGCUAAGCAUGCAUAGCCAUCAUCCAGUCUUAAGUUUCAAUGCAAAUAAUUCACGAUAUGAUGAAGUUCCUCUGUUGAAUAUGAAAGUUUCAGAACUUUCUUAUAAUUUAGCAACUAUAAGGCAUGAGCAUGCCAGAUUACAGAUGCAAUAUGAUUCUGCCAUGGAAGAUUUAAAGAAAACAAACAAUGACAUGGUUCAUUUAUUGGAAAUCGUUCAGAAAAUGGUCAAUUGUCCAAAAGAUGAGAUUUCAGACUCUCGUUCAACUGCUUCUUCAUCAGAUGGAAUCAAAGCUCGCAACCGUGGACAAUAUACGGGAUUCAAUUUGGAAUCAGAGUUGGCAUCAUUUAAAGCGUCGAUCAUGGAGAGAAACCAGGCAAAAGAUUUUACGGAUAGUCAUCUAUCUCUGCAACAACAUUUUCCUCCUCAUAGCUCCCAUUCUUUUCAGCAAACAAGAUAUGGCUCUCACGACUUCGGUUCAAAACCCUAUAAAUCCCAAACUGGACCGGUAGAUCAAGAUUAUCAUGAAAAUCGUUUGACAACCGAGAAUCCUGGUACCCAUACAGCAACCAGAUCUGAGCUGCCAUUUUCUGGAGACUCAAAUAAUCAUAAUCAGGCAUAUCCUUUUCGAUACAUAGUAUCACACCCUCAUAGUCAGUCUCCAACACCGUAUUAUGGCCCUAUCAAUGUUCCGAAUAAUAUUGGUGCCACAGCGUCAAUAUCAAACCAUCAAGUUCUUUCGACCUCAUCGUCUUCGACCUCGUUAUCGGCUAAUACUAAUAAUAUCACUUCUACGACGCCUUCAAAUGCUCCUACUUCCAAACACCCUGGACAGAAUGGCGUUUUCCUUCAUGAGGUUGUGUUUUCGCCUCAUUCUAGUACGCAAGCCAAGCAACGUAAUAUGAGUAUAUUACAUGAUCCCUUAGUUCCUGAACCUCACAACCGUUUUAUGGUAUCAGGAAUGAACUCUCCAAUUUCUGAAUCGCGUGCUGCCAGCGGAAUUUUUUCUCCGGAUAAUUCUCAGCGACAUUCAAGACAAAAUGGAUAUUUUUCAAGCAUUUCCAGUACAAGAACUUCUGAAAGCGCAGUGUCAUAUCCACACCCCUCUAAUGGUUAUUUUACCAAUAGUGGUAGUCAUACUAUGCAUUAUAAUCCAAAUAGUCCAGGUAACGUACACUCUCGCUCUCAUUCUCUUCAUCAGAAUGGACACCACCAUCCCCUUCGUCGUGAUGAAGAUUCUGGAGACAUCGGCUCUUCCACACAUGAUGCUUCUUCCACUGCACACGGCCCUGCUGGUCCCAACCCGCCCUACAACCUGUUGAAACGCCACUCUUCUAAUGAUGUGCUUUUCGAUCGAUCAAGGAUAUCAAGCGGUGACAGUACAAAUUCUCAGCUGACUCUUACUUUUAUUAAUGCCCCAAGAUCUGUUCCAGAUUUAUUCAAUCCUAUUCCUGGAAGUGGGAAAUCUACUAGCAGGAUUAGUUUCUCCGAUAGGCCUACCUUGACCAGUCCUGUCCCUACUUCUGCAAAUUCUAAGCGAGGGUUCCCCUCACCGAAGGAAAUGUCUACAAGCUUGUCUGUCGGGGGUCGAACAUCAGCAGUUUCAUCUAGUACCCACAUCCCACGCAUCACCUCCAAUGAUAACCAGAAGUUUACUGUCUAUAAUCCCCUUCCUUCAAUUUCUCUUAAUAUUCCCCCCAAAGUGAACAGUCCGGCUUCAUCUACUAUGCAGUAUCCUCCUUCUUCUUCAUCCGAUGUUUAUUCAUUACUUAAUCGUGAGGAACCUGAAAAAGAGACUAGCCACCAAUCUCAGCCUCAUAUUUCUGUUCCAAAUCGUGAAGCACAAGUGGAAUCUGACGCUAAGUCUAACGAAAAAGUUGAUGGAUUUGAUGGAUCUGAUCACGAUGACCAUCGAGAGGCUAAAAGAAUGAAGCUUGCUUCUACUGAUUCGCCCUCUAAGAAAAUGAAGUUGUGA